UUGAGCUGUUUCACCGCUAGAUGGCAGCCGCUACAAGUGGUCCAUUUGUGAAAUCCAGCGAAGAAGUGUCAUGCUGCCUUUAAAGCAUCAUAGUCGGUGGGGAACGUGAGCGUCUCUUCAGAAUAUUUACAAUGAUGCGUUGAAUUUACAAUUAAUCACGUAAGAAAUAAAAUUUCUUCGAGACACAAAUAAACUAAAUUAAUGUUAAAACAACUUAUAUUUGUUCAUUUUAAAUUUCCAUCUUUGUAACCUGUGAAAAGAAAUGUCUGUGCCGUGUCAUUAAGACCAAGAAGCUAAAUGUAUCCGACAGACAUGAACGCAGCAAAUGACGGACCUGCUUGUUUUGGUUGUGAUAACCUGGUCCGGAUAUUUAAAUACACUGGCGCUCACAGCGCGCGUGUCUUCAAACUAAAACGUUGCUUAAAGGUGAUUUUCGCUCACUUUUAACACCCCGAGGUUGGCUGAGAUUUAAAAGCAAACGUCCAGACUUUUCUCGUCGCGUCGCGUGCGCUGGUCUCGCGCAGGAUGCUCCGAGAGUCGUAUCCCUUCGUGGAGGACAGCUUCAGCCGCCUGCCGUCGCAGAGCAACAUUUACGGCCUGUGUCAGGCCGGGGAGCAGGAGCUGUUGGCGGCCACCCUCAAAGGGAAGGUGGUGUGCUUCCGGUACCAGGAGCUGCAGCACAGAGUCCGGCCGGUGGCCAAGGAGGUCCAGUUCACCUACAUACCAGUUGAUGCAGAGAUCGUGUCCAUUGAUGCCUUCAACAAGUCUCCGCCCAAAAGAGGCCUGGUGGUGGGCAUCACCUUCAUAAAGGACUCUGGAGACAAAGCUACUCCCUUCCUGAAUAUCUACUGCGACUAUGAGCCCGGCUCGGAGUUCAACCUGGAGUCCAUUGCACGUGAGUGGAGCCGCAGCCAGAUGUGCGCGGUGAGGCCUGUGGGCACUGUAACAGCUGCCCAGAGCUGUCUGAACCUGGAGCUGCAGUUCACCCCCUUCCAGCUCUACCACACAGAGCUGCAGGAUGCCGAUGGAGGCAGAGAGACGGUGUUUCUGCUCAGUGGUCACGACCAGAGGAUCCACCUCUACAAGGAGAACGCCUCCCUGCACCAGUUUGAAGAGCAGCCGGUGGAGAAGCUCUUCCCGGAGCUACAGGAGCUGCCCAGCAAUGUGCUGUGGCUGGACAUGCUGAGUAUCUCCGGAGGCCGGCGGCUCUCGGCGUUCGGCUGCCAGAACGGCUGCGUUGGAUUGGCUGUGGUCAGUCAGACCGGACCAGAGGUUUUACAGAGCUGGCGGGUCCAGUUCGACAGUCCGAUCUCCACGGUGCUGCUGUUCCCCCUCCGCUGCCGCUCCAGCCUGGCCGGCGCCGAGCAAAGCGCAGAAGUGGAGGGCUACAACCUGCUGAUAACCAGCACCAUAGAGAUGGCCGUGGUCUACAGAGACGUGCAGGAGCGCGGGCUGUCGCGGUCCACCUGCCUCCCGGAGAGCGAUCAGUGGGACGCCGUGCUGUGCGCGCUGGUCAUCGACCUGGAUUUCGACGGUCAGAAGGAGGUGCUGCUGGGAACGUACGGACAGGAGCUUCUUUGCUACAAGUUCCAGCCCACCGGCAGUGGGGGGGACGGUCAGUUCCAGCUGCUGUGGAGGCGGAGUUUCAAGAGUCCCCUGUUGUCGGUCAUCUACUUGGACUUGACGGGCGACGGUUUGAGGGAGCUGGCGGUCCUCACGCUGAAGGGGCUGCACAUCCUACAGCAUAGCCUCACCUGCACUGCUGACCUGGUUCUGGAGCGGCUCGCCCGCAGGGUGUCGGCGCUGACAGCCGCCGCCGAGCCGCCACCUCCGCCGGCCACACACGCAGAGGGCCAGAGCCAGAGCCAGGGGGGCAGCACACAGACGCCGUCGUGUUAACGGAGACGCUGCCGCUCUGCUGGCCCCCUCCGGCCCGGGUGGCUCAGACGGGAGGGUUCUCCUCCAUGUGAAGGAUUAUCUCAGGAUAAAGAGUGUCCCCGCCCGGGCGUGCUCUCCGCUGACAGCAGCGAUUAGAAAGUCAGGCAUCACGCUGACCUUUCAGCACAUGACAGACCAACACGGCCCACUCCCACGCAGGUAACUGCCACGCAGACGUCCGAGGAUGUGGACGCAGAGACGCUGGACACGUGAAGUCUUCUCAUGAAAAUAAACGCACUCGUUUGGAGGGAUGAAUGUUUGCUGCUUCUGCUUUUUUCUGCCUGUAUUUUAGUGUCACCUGA